AUGGACGAUCUGCCAAAAAUGCUACGUCUGGAGGAGCUGCCAUUGCUGUUAGAGACGCAGCUGACACAAUCGACUGGUCCCACUAUAUCUCCACUGUACACGCCGACAGUUAUCAGUGCUGAUUACUUAUCAUUGCAGCCGGUCAAAACCUGGGACCGCAUUGUGGAUGAUUUGCGGUGGCUGGAGGCUUACAUGGCUCAUUACAAUCAUCUGAUUUUGCCGGAACGACCUUUAAAUUAUAGUGGACGUCUCGUGAGCCCUUUGAAGUUCUCUAAAAUCGAAAGUUUGAAUGAUCAAGUUGAAUUCGCUCCGCUGGUUUCGAAGAUUCAGCUUCCCGAACGACAACAGCAGCUUUCAAUUGUCAGGGGAUUGUUGAUCGGGGAGAAAUUGCGUCAUUUAGAGAUUCGAAUCCUCGAAGAUCGCGUGGGAAAUCCCUUCAGAACUACUGGUAAGGAAAAGCUCGAAUUUUAUGCUAUUCUGCAGAAUUGGCUUAGUACGGAUGAUCAAAUGACGCUUGCUAUCUUUGGGAAAUCACCGAUUGAGGAUGUCUUCUUUCGAAGCGAGGGUCUCUCAAAAAAGUCAGUACGUAUUCUGAUAUUCGAUUCGGAGUUCGAUGGCGAUGCGAUGGAACUGUUGACAAAUUCUGAGAUCAUUAAGUCUCGCUAUAUGCAUGCAAAGAUGCAGAAGUAUCCAACGCUUCUGGAAGACACAAUUCCAACAGCAGGAACCUGCAUUCUGUACCUCAUCAGGGUUUUGAAGGGACCUCUCUUACACAAGCCGGGCGACGAAAAUAAGACCAUAACGUUGUCCCAACUGGUUUUGGAUGCACAGAUAGAUGUUAAAAUGCUUGUGAACCUGAUGGGUUUCACUUUAAACGAAGAUGGUACCCAACUCAUACCACCCAAUCUAGAAGUUGCUACUCGUUUGAAACUGGAGUUCACAAGAAGAAUAUUUGAGUUAAUUUGGAAGGCGAGAAGUUUGAAUUUGGAAGGCAAUUUUUCCUUUCUACGUUAUCUGUGGCUGUCCCUGAAUGUCAUACGCUGCGCCGGUGAUUUGGACAGCAGUCAGGCUGUACAUUAUUUUUCUGAGGAUCCCGACCUGCCACCGUCCCUGUUUGUGGCAUUGCUGGCAUAUCCAUUCUACCAAGACGAGCUUCUUAUCAAAUGUUUCGAUUUGUCUACUACAAGUGACCCAUCUAAUAGGUUAUAUUAUGUUGACGCCAUGAAAAAUUUGGCAAACAUUCGUGGUGGGCGUGGUCGCUUGAAUGCGUGGGUUCAACAAAUGACUACUAAAGGUCAAUUUACCGGGUUGUACGAGUAUAUUGAUUCUCUCGCGGCUCUCGGUGUGGCCGUUGAUGAGAAAUAUUUGCCAAAUAUUGAAGAUUCACUGAUAAUUGCCUCUUAUGAGUUCCAAGUGGCCCAGGAUCCCCGAAAUUAUCCAUUUUACUACAAACAGCUCGAGUUGAUUGCAUCGGUGCGACCUUCUAUUCGACACUUUUUGACCAAGGAAAUACCACCCGUACUGCUAGCCGAGGAGAUGUUGGCAAUUUCGGAAGUGACGGAAGAUGAAGUGGUGAUCACAGCAUACGAGUAUAAACUUGAUGAUCUCAUGCAGCAAAAUAUGUUGAAUGCGGAUGCUGCCGAAAUUCGUGCGACUCAUCGAGCGUUGUUGUCAAUCGCGGUGCAUCGGAAGCUGUUUUGCUUGUUGGAUUACGUCGAGAAAAAGCUACCCCAGUUGUGUAUCCCUUUUGAGGGAGAUACGAAGACAGCGUACAACAUUUUAGGUGUGGAUUCUCAUGAACCGGAUUUCAUGCUAGUGCUGAAGUUCCAAGAGAUCCUGAUUAACACUGAUGAUACGAGACCUCUUCGUGCAGCUUUGAGGAGAAUCGCGGAAGUUCGAGAUCUGGUUGUACUCAAUCAAUUUCUUGCAACUGGGCAAAUAGAUUCUCUGGUUCUCCCAUUAGAUAUGUGGCCCGCAGGUUUAGACAAUAUUGGCAACACCUGUUAUUUGAAUUCAUUGCUUCAAUACUACUUUUGUUUAGAGCCGCUUCGCAAAGAGAUUCUUGCAUUCGACCAUCAUAAUGUGAAAAUCGGAAACGAAAUUGCAUCUGUUCGAAAAAUUGGAGGUCGCCGUGUUGAUCCCAUUGAGGUUGAGCGGCUGAAUCAAUUCAUUUACCACUUGGCUGAUUUAUUUUACCAAUUGAUACAUGCCAAUCGUCGUUGUGUUCAACCGCUGAAGCAAUUGGCAUACUUGGCAUUUCUUCCUUUGCUGACUCCGGUUGAUUUUGACUUCAAAAAGAAGGAAGAUUUGGGGCUUGUUGAUGAUCUUGUUGAUGAAAAUUUGAUGACGGAGUGUAAAUCAGAGAGUAACAGCGAUUACGAGGAUGAUACUUCACUCACAGGAAGUUCGUACAUUGUGGACACUGAUGAGCGAGUCAGUGAAAUAAAAUUAAAAGAUUCUGUGCUGAAAGUCACACCACCCGAAGCAAAAGUGGAAGUUGAAGACUUGCCACAAUCCCAGAAUCCACAAACAUUCAACGAGUCACUCACAGAUGAGCAACCAGGUCGAGCUUUGUUACCAAUCAGCUCUGACCAGAUUGAACUGACUAUCGAAGUGGGGCGCCAACAAGAUGUGACCGAGUGCAUUGAAAACGUCACUUUUCAAAUUGAAACAGCGCUACCUCCUAUACUGCUUGAUACAGAUCAAGAACAAAAUGAUUUAAUCAAGCGAUUAUUUGGGGGUAAGACGAAACAAACGAUAACGCCUUUAGAUGCCACAAAAUCACCGAGAAUUCUGACAGAAAGAUUUUUCUCCUUGAUCAUCAAUAUCAGUGAACAUCCCAAGGACAUCUAUGACUCGUUAGAUACCUAUUUCAGUGAGGAUUUAGUUGAGUUGGAUGGUGGGAAGUGCCGAAAACUGGUCACGAUUCUGGAACUUCCUGAUGUCUUGCAAUUUCAUGUUCAACGUGUCAUGUUCGAUCGCGAGCGACUUGUCGCGUAUAAGGCACUCGAUCCUAUUCCAUUUGGAGAACACAUUUACUUAGAUCGAUAUCUUGAUUCAGAUGAUGCGCAAAUGAUUGCUAGACGAGCAGAGGUUUUCACUUGGAAGCAGAAAAUUUCUUUCCUCCGUGAUGAGAGGAGUAAAAUAACCAUGCCGAACCCCAGUACCAAAUUGCUGAUUCUAGACUCUUUGAAAGGCGUAAAAAGUUACAUGACGAAGCUUUUAAGUCAAGAAUAUUCAACGAAGGGCGCUUUGAAAAGCUCGCCCAACACAAUGAUCAGUGAGUCCUAUACGGUAAAAGCUGACGACUCAUCGGAUAUUGAGAUGCAAGAACGUGAUUCCAAGGAGGAAAAUCUGCGGGGUGUUGAUACAGAGCAACUCUCUUCACUUACGGUGUCUGAAUCCACAAUCAAUUUUAUUGACAGAGCUAUCGAAGAGUUGGAGAUGAAACUUAAAGAGAUCGAUGCCGAAAUACGAGAUCUACAAAAUAAAGUUUCCGUUCAAUUUGAUGACUAUAACAAGGUGGGGUAUUCUGUGUUCGCCAUAUUUAUACAUCGAGGAGAGGCCCUGUAUGGCCAUUACUGGGUCUACAUCAAGGAUUUCGAGCGUGAUAUGUGGAGAAAGUAUAAUGAUGAAGUCGUCACAAGAGUGCCUGAGCUGGAGGUGUUCGAUUUUAGUGAGGGUAAUACCGCAACUCCUUACUACAUUGUGUAUGUAAAGGAUGGUUGUAAAGAUAUUGUUAAGCCAUUGAAGCGAGACAUAAUCAAUUGA